GAAUACUGUACCAAAGACAUUACAAUUCGUUGACAAAAGUAAGGAUUUUACCGUAAUCAGAAAUGGAAUAAACAUAUCUUAUAUGCACAGAAUGGAUCCGUAAACAUUAGAAGUUGCGAAACGAAGCGAACUGCAACGUAGCGACCCUCAAUUGCCGCUGGAGACCAUGCUUCCUGGCAUUGGGGUGUUUGGCACUGGGGACAUUGUAAGAGCCCUGGUGCCAUUCCUUAGAGCUAAAGGUUUUCGGGUAGAGGCAGUUUGGGGCAGGACCCUUGAUGCUGCUGAAAAUGUAGCCACAGAACUCAACAUUCCUUUUCAUACUAAUAAGGUUGAUGAUGUACUGCUCCGGAAGGAUGUUGAUUUAGUCUUCAUAAUUUGCCAACCAGAUCUUCAUGCACAGAUAGCUGUCAAGGCUCUGGGCAUUGGUAAACACGUGUUAUGUGACAGACCGGCAGGACUUUGUCAGUUAGAAGUCCUGAAGAUGGUACAUGCAGCCCAGUACUAUCCGUCACUCAUUUCAGUCAUAUCCCAUGGACUUCGAUUUCUUCCAGCAUUUGUGCACAUGAAACGACAGAUUGAUUCAGGCUAUGUUGGUACAGUAAAUGUUUGUGAUGUCAGAGUUCACUGUGGAAGCAUGAUUGGGCAUCAGUUUGACUGGAUGUGCAGUCAUUUAAUGGGUGGGGGAAUCUUAACCAUGGUUGGUAGUCAUAUUAUAGACAUUGUAUCUUUUGUCACCGGGCAGCGCGCAACUCGUGUUCAUGGAAUGAUGCGAACUUUCACAAAGAGUACAGAAAAGAUCAAUGGCAUUAGAUGGAUUGAUAGUGAUGACUUCUGCAGUUUUCAAAUGAUAUUAGAUGGAGGAAUCUGUGUUACUGCCACUCUCAAUAGUCAUAUGGCUGGAGGAUUCGUUCAAGAGGUGGUUGUCUGUGGAAGUCGAGGAAGGUUAGUAGUUCGAGGAGCAAAUCUCUACGGCCAGAAUACCAGUUUAGAUCGAGAAGAGUUGAUUCAUGAAGGCCCAGAUGAUGUAGCUCACCUCACAAAUAAGAACAGUAAUGCAAGAAUAAAUUCACUGUUGCCCCAGCCAUAUCUUCAGGGAUUAUUCAGGCUUGUUGGGGCACUGAAGGAGGCAUUUGCCACUGGAGAUGGGGAGCAUGGAUGGUUGAAAGAGCCUGUUUCUAGUGCAGCAACUUUUGAGGAUGGGCAAUAUGUUCAAGCAGUCAUCGAUGCCAUCAAACUGUCAUCAGCUAGUCGUCAGUGGGAACAGGUAACAGUAGCAAAUGAUGAGAACGAACUGAAUCCAUUAAUGACACGGCUUAAUCUUCCUAACAUUAACAUGAGUUCCUUGGAUGCACUUUCACAGGCUCCAACUAACAGACCUCCUCCCCAACGCAAAGUUACUAGUUCCGAGUCUCAUUUGCCUUGGAGCUUCGCUACAAAGCACUAAAAACAUUGGAUGGAAGUGUUUGCUUUUGAGGGAGCUGUGUGCAUUUCGGAAUUGUUUUACUUUAGCUUUAAUUGGUAAUGCAUUCUUUAGAUGUGUAUAUUUGUUUUAGUUUUAAAAACUUGGAAGGAGAAUGAAGUACGUAUUUACUUUUCUUCUUAGAAUGGUACAUGGAAUUGUGUUCUUUCUGUCUCUUUCAAACUGUAGGUGGUAAUUUUGGCCGCUGUUGCUUCCUUUUAUCAUUUGGAGUCUUUGACAUUGGGAGUGGGAACCAAGUUGUUUUACAAUGAUGUAUUACAUGAAGAUUAUUUCCAUUUUUUAUGUCGUUAGACUCAGUGUAAAUUUUAAAAAAUGAGUGUUUAUUGUAAUGUAAAAUGUUAAAACUUCCUGCCAAACCAAAGAUCUUUUCCCACUUCUUAAACUAUAGUGUGUAUGCAAUCCUGCCAAAAGAUAUAUUACAUAUUUAAUUUACAUAUCCUCUUUAAUAUCUUUGUAUAUUGACAGGCAGUAGUCUGUUUGAAUUUGGUAUUGAGAAUUAGAGCAAAUUCUCAAGACUGUAGAUGUCAGGGAGGGCUACUGUAGCUUAGUUUACUAUGCAGUAGGUUCAUAUGUCAUUGACACGGGUGCUUUUUCAUAUCCCAUAGGGAGGGAUUAGGCACGCAAGGUUCUUUAAGGCAGAUCAUACUGGCAUUUUAUUAUACCUUUUUGGGUACUUUGUGUAAAACUUCCUGCAUUAUUUUCAAGACAUUUUGUGUCAUGCAUUUACAGAUUACUAUUUAUUAUGUCAUUUUAAAAUGCAAUGAAUUUCAAAUGGGUUUGAUGGUACCUAGAAAUACUAUUGUGCAAUUUACAUGUGAUAUUUAUGUAUGUAAAUAUGCUUUUGUCGUAAAAUUUUAUUUAAAUACAUUGUCUGUAAAAUUGUUAUGCCAGAUGCAGGUUGUUUGGCAUUAACAUUGUUUUUGUGUUAGCCAAAUGUUUUUUCUUAUUUUUGAAGGAAUUUUUAUUUGAUAAUCAAUUUUGAAAGUAUUAAAAAAAUAAAUUAGGUACUUUAUUAGAGCACAGUAUUUAUAGCUAAAGUACUUAGUUUUGUAUGUACAUAUUUAAAAAUUUUAAAGGCAAGUACUAUGUCAAGUUUAUUUGAGGCUAGUAUAGAAUGUACUUGAGGAAAAAACUUCUUAAUAAUAGAUCUGGUAUUGUUUUAUGUAAGGAAUGAAAAGGAGUUCUAGUUAUGAAGAUGUGUGCUAACUUUUUAGUGGAACCUAUUUGCUUAGCCAACUAUAAGUAGGUUGCUGUAGAUUUUAUUUAUUUCUUUUUUCAGUUUUGUUGAUGCAAAUACCAUUUUUAAUUAUUAAUGUAGUUGGUGGAGGAACAGUAGUUUUUCAUUGGGAUAACAAGUACAGUACAUAUUACUGCUUCAGUAAUGUAUUAAUGUCUUCUUUUUGUCUAAUUUUUUGUGUAUAAAGUGUUGUGUUCAUAGUUCUUGUAAUUUUUCUUGCUUUUUCCAGAACUGUCACUUCAGUCAUUCUUUGGUAAUGCCAUGUAUGCUUUAAGUGCACAAUUUUGAACUGGGAUAGUGGUAUGCUUUAGAAUUAAGAAGAAUUCCUGUAUUGUGACAACUAGGAAUUAAUUUUGCUUCCAGUCAGUGCUUUUGAUCUUUGUGCAGGCUUACAAGGGUCUUACUACUACUAUGUUUUUCUGUUAUCUAAAAUAUAAUUGCUUGGAACUUUAUAAAGGUAAUGAAGGAAUUGCGUAGUAACUAUUUUGUUUGGAUUAAUUCCCAUUUAACACUUAACAUGCACUUUCCAGAUUUAUAGGCCUUGAAAAUACUAUUCUGUUGAUAUUGGUGUUCGUGGUAAAAGAGUGAAUUUCAUUUGUAGUAUGAGAGACCAAGGGUAAUAUUUGACAUUAGAUUUAGGUGGUGAGAGAGGAGCCAUAUCAAAGACAGGAAGUACAGCAUUAGUAAAGUAGCCUUUAAUUUAACAGAUUUUAGAAGAUUAUAGGUGUUGAAGGUUGACUGUGAUUAGAGACAUAAUGUCUGAAUGAGAAAAGUUUUUCCUAUGGGAUACAUUCAUGUUAACAGUUGAUAAUGAAGAAAUUAUGGGAAAUACAUUGAUAAAACUUUAGACUGCAUUCAAAUACAAACGCUAGUUUUACCAGUUCAAUACACCUUUCUUUUGACUCCCACUAUUAACUGGUAGAGUUUUAGUAAUUACCAGAUAUGUAAAUACAGUUUUUAUGCUUAGGAGAGAGAGUAAAUCUUUGGAAGGCAGUCUUGGUCACUAUAAUUAUUACUAUUCAUUUUGUGUGUACAUUCUUAGAAUAUGCUAGACAGGCCAUUACACAUUAACAUGUACUAUAGUGAUUCUAAAGAUGGUACCAAGGAAAAUCAGCACUUCUAAAUGCCCACAAAGGAUUAUGAGGUGCUCUUUCCCUACUGUGCUGUUUUAUGGUUGAAACAAGAUAAAUUGUUUUUCAGUAACAUGCCUUGAUCACCCUUGAAAAAGUUUUUCUACUCUUAAGUAAAUCCUUUAGUAAAUGAGUAAUUCUUCUUGAGUUGUACCUCUAGAUAAAUUUGUCUUGAAUCUAAGAGUAUGAUUUAGUUUUGUUGAUAUUAACCAGAAGAUGUCAGAAAUUAUCAAGAAGAUGGAAGACUCCUUUUUGAAAUUUUAUGGUUAGCCACAUGCAUACAAGCCAUGGAUUUUAAUUGGCGGAGUCAUGAGCCCUGUUGCAGUGACUGCUCAGUAUCCUUGACUUUGGGGCAUUUGCUAGCUGAGUGCCCCAACUUUGAUUACUUUAGAAGAUGCUUCCUCUCUUAGUAUAAUGGGAUGGGAAUAUCUGGUCUCCAUCCAAGGUACUAAUAACCUCCAGGAGACAAAAUUCUAAAAAUUAUAAAUUUACUUAAAACCCAGAAAGCAAGAAAGUGAAAUUUAAUUACGUAGAAUGAAUUUACCAUUUUGUAUGUAGCACAAAUAUACAAUGAAUUAUAAGCUAAAUUUACGAGGAAAGCAAUAAAAUGAGAAAUAAUUUCAUGCAAAUUAUGUAUAUAUAUCCAGUGCCACAUGCCAAUUCAAGAAAUUUGUAAAUAAUUAGGAAAACUAAUUGACAUAAACAUAGACCACCAAGACAUAUUAACAUAUAAUAGAUAAAAGUUCAUGGCCUUUAUACAUUAUUAAAAAUUAUGCAACACACAUUAUGCUGUAGGCAUUACUAAUGAGUGUUUGUAUGAUCCCUUUGGACCCUUAGGUGCACUCACUUUUGAGCUUUUACUUUUACUUCAUUCCUUCUUCCUCUCUUCAGUUUUUUUUUCUAACCUCUUUAACCAUUCUUAGUGCAACUGUGGGGUUUUCUCCCAGCCCCACCCUUUAGAUCCUUGCCCUUCAUCUCCUCUAUUAUCUGGAUCUCUACAGCUUGCUGUCUAACUGCUCCAACUCCCUCUUUUCAGUGUGUUCAGCACUGAAUGGCUUGGCUAGACAGCCUAAAUUUCAUAGAACUAAACCAAUAUCAAACAAUAUUUGAGAAUACUUUAAUUAUUUUAACACAACAAAAUAAUGAUGCAUACUUCUGUAAGGAUGAACAAAAAAUUGUUUGAGAAUAUGUAUAAAUUUUGAAAAUACUUAAUAUGUGAUUAAUAGAUUGUUUACAGUUGAAGAAUUAGGAUUUGCCCUGUCUUCCUGUAAUAGCUCAGAGCCAGGUAAAGACCAAAUCAGUUUUGAAUUGGUCAGUCAUCUAGCUUUCUGAGCCAAAAGCUUCAUACGUACCCCACUACUCUUACCAACUUUGGACAAAUAAACUGUUGCCAAAAUAAUGGCAACAUGCCAUUAUGGUAUCAAUAGCAAAACCAGACAAAGAUCGUAUCAAUAUAUCAAAUUGUCAGAUAACAUCCCUAACUUGCUUCUAUGUAAAAUGACUGGAAAAAGGGAUAAAUUAAGGGUUGACACAGAUUGGAAAAUGGCGUAACAGUGAAGCAUUUUAAUUAGCACUUAACCCUUUCAUGUCCAACUGACGUAAUAGUACGUAAAAAUACUCUAUCCCCUAUCUAUCCAACUGACGUAGCGGUACGUAAAAUUUACCUAAAUUUUUCGUACGUGUGGUAGGGGCAUUUUUUUUUAAUUUUCGGACAAGUAGCGAUUUCCAUAGGCUAGAUCAUACCUUGGACCGUGUAUCUUGGGUAUCAAUACGCCAGCAAAGUAGUUUCUGUACUGCGCAUGCUCAAAUCCCUGGCAUAGUAAAAUUCUCACAAUGAAAUCUGCUGGUCGCACCUACACUUCCCUUUCAGUGACCCCAAAGCCAUUUUUCUUGACUCUCCCUUUAUUCUUCAACUUUUCCUCUACAUUUUCGUAUAUUUACAAAGUAAUUUCUAUGAAAAAUAACCAAGAUAGGGCUCUUCAAAAAAUUUUUAUUCUAGCAAUAAAUGUUGACAACGGUAAAUUUUUUUUCCGUUUUGAUCAAUUUAUAACGUCAAACUGAAACUGUUGCCUUAUCCAAAGCCAUUUUUCUUGACCUUCCCUUUAUUCUUCAAUGUUUCCUCUACAUUUUUGUAUAUUUACAAAGGAGUUUCAAUGAAAAAUAACCGAGAUAGAGCUCUUCAAAAUAUAAAAAAUUUCUAGCGAUAAUUCUCACUAUGCGCCGGGCAAAGCGCUAUGUUUCUUAUCCUCUUUUCUAUCAAUUUUUUCACCAGCUGGACUUAUUCGUUUUCCAUUGAUUUAUAUGUCGAUAUUUAGGGAAAUGUAUUUGCUUUCUCAUAAAAAAUAAUUCAUUCGCCUGACUUUCAUAGUUUUUGGGUUAGGAACGAAAAUAUAAAAAAAAAUAAAGAUUUUUGUGUUUUUUUGUUAAAUAACUCACAUUUUUUUCGUUUUUAGAGGGCUGGGACUCUUAUUCUUACUAUUCCAUCAUAAAAUACUAACAUUUAGAAAAAAAGGACAGCAAAAUGAACGUUGUUGGCAUAAAAUUUAUAUUUUUGCUGAAUUUCCAAAAUAAUAAUUUUUUCGCACUGUCGAGUGCUCCCAGACACCUCGGAUAUCUGGGGACACAGUGCUCAAAACUAAGCGGAUAUGAAAGAGUUAAUUACUAACAUACUAAACUUACAAUAUGACCAGUGUAUUGUUUAAAUUGCCUUCUCACUUAACUGUAGUCUUUCAAUUAUUUUGCAGAAAAAACAAAAGCAAUCAUGGAUAAAGAAAGAUAUCUGAGGAAAGAAUUAUACAACAUUUGACCAAAGGGACAUGCAGAUGCCUAUCAGUCUUAAGAAAUUCUUGGGUUGAAUCCUUAAUACAUGCUGGAAAUGGAAAGCACACAUUGAGUACAUUAAAGCCAAAGUAAAAUUAGAUUAAACCAAAUAAAAAAAAGUUAUCUUAGUGAGCAGACAAGAAUGACCUUGUUAUUAUACUACAACAAUAUACUUUUAUCUUUUAGAUUAAUAAGGCUAAAUAUAUAUACUGUAAUAGGUAUAGAGUAGGUAUUAAACACAAGUUAGAUUCAAUAUAUAGCAUAGGAAAAACUAUGCACUGGAGUGUUUGAAGUCUUAAAUAAAUUCUUACAAGUCAAAAGUAGUGAACCACCUCUUUUUAUCAUAACUUUAUUAUACUCGGCACAAUAAAGAUACAUACUAUAUAGGCAAGUGACUCGGUGACUAAAAAUCUUUUCAAUGAAAGAGUUUUAUGUAGCUAUCCACCUCUAUUUCCAGCUAGAGCCAACAGAAUUCGGGUCAGAAAUGUAAUAACAUUGACUCCAUCUCUAGAAUUAUUCCCUCUUUGGAUUGCACAAAAGGUAUUGUGUCUGUACACAGUUUCACUAUCCAAGAAUUAUGCACAUACCCAUGAACAUCUUAAGAAACUCAAUAGAAUGUAUAGACAUGAAGGCCACAUUGUGCAGUUCAUACCGAAAGGUGCAAAUAGUUUUUGGGGUAGGAUUUUAUACAAUAAUCUGAAAUGAAACAGGUCUCUUAAUCAAAUUACUGUUUUAAGUUUUUAGAAGUGAAAUGUCUGCAGUAUGGUCAGAUAUUAAGAUGAUAUAAACUUGCCCCUACAGAAAUUUUUGAUUAUCUGUGAUUAUAGAAUUGCUUAAGAAGGGCUUCAGAAUUGUCGUAAAAAUCCUUUUGUCCAACAGAUUAAGCUUUUAAGCAAGUUAUUUGCAAGUCAUGUAUGUGACAAAAUAUGUUGGAUCCUAGCUCGUGUAGGCAAUAAAAGAAAUGAUGAUGCUGGUAAAACAGUCAAAGCUCCAACUAUUAGGAGGUGAUCAAAUGUACCUAUUUUUUUACUGUAUGUUUUAACUAGUACCUCUAAAAUUCAUCAUCUCAGGUAAAGGGUAAUCCCUAUGGAAUAUUAAAUAUGGUAAUAACAAAUUAAAACAUUGAAUCCACUAGUCUUGUCAUGCCGUGGAAUUGGUCACAUGCAUUUGACAUGCAGUAUUUGAUGAAUGACCUUUGUGUCCCAGAACACAGUACUAUAUACAACACCAAGAAUGAAACAUUUAACUGUUUUGUCUACAAUGAACAGUUAACAUAAAUUACUCUAUUAGAAAUAGAUCCUUGACAGAAACUGUCAUUCCUAAAGAUUUUCAGUAGUAUAUUUGUUAAAAAUGUCUGUAGCUCGUCCACAUUGAUUUAUCUGUACGAACAAACUAUUUGGGCCAGCAUUAUGGAUUUUGUUUAUAAAAUAUGGUUCCUCUUUAUAACGGCAAGAGAUAACUAAGAUAUAAUUUUUUUUUUUUUGCUGGUGUAUCUAUAGGUAUGUAUGAUCUGGAAGAAUUGAUUUGUAUGAAUACAUAUAGGGCCAAUAUGAAGUUUAUUUUAUCAUGUUUUAUAAAGUUUGAUGCAGGUACAUAAAAAUGUGUUUAUGUAUGCAUAUUUAGAUGAAUAUUAGAUAUAUUAAUAUUUUAUCAACCGAGCAUUUUUGGCUUGUAGCUCUAUAAAAUAGUGGGUCUUAAGAAUUGAAAAUUGAUCAAAAUUCAUCAUUAGAUUAUAUGGUUCUUCAUACCAAGAAAAAAAGUGUCACAUUGAAGUUAUUUUGUCUUUCUUUGAAUCAAUCUAAUUCACUUGACCAAUGAAUAUUAAAUGAAUAACCCAGUUUUUGCAUGCAUUGAAUGUAGAUCAAUAAUAGUAAUAGGAAAUUUUCUGUAAAUGUCCAAAUUGAAACCAGUGAAUGACAGAAUUUGGAAAUAAACUUGUUAACGGUU